CGUGUCAACAGCUUCAGCUUCAUUCCUUCCGCGAACGUCGCCGCGACACGACAUCGACGACCUCGAACUAUUUGCGCCAAGUUAUGCAAAAACCAAAAAAUUAUCAAAACUUUGCCAAGGUGAAAGUGCAUUCGCAAGUUGCAUCCACAAGUGACCAGUGUUCUUGAAAACAUCGCGACGACCCCGGACUUCACUUGCCCAAUUUGCAAGCAAUCGCAGGCGUUGAAAAAAAUCAACUCUGCCCUAUAUCCCGAUAUAGUGCCGAUCCCGUGCUGAUUUGGUGCCAAUUUGUGCGCUCCUUUAGUGCGCGAAGCCGCAGAGCCUGCUGUGCGGCACACUUGUCGCGCGCGCGUAACUCACGCACCGCUGUAUCGUUGUGUUGGUGGUGCUCACCCACACUAGUGCAGUAUCGCAUCGCAUCGCAAUCGCUAGUGGUGCUGAAAAAUGAUGAAAAUAAAACUAUCAAAACAGUACCGAACGGAAUUUUGUUGAGUGAGGACGAAGAGCAGUUCAACACAGUUCCGGCGCGGGGAGCGGAGUGCGAGAGAGAGAGUGAAGUGACAGAACUGUGUGUGCGGACACACAUGCAAAGACAGGAAGUGCAACCGCCAACGCAAAAAAAAACGAAAAGUGCGUUGAAAAGUGAAGAAAGCGAAGAGAAAAACUGAUGAGUGCGGAAAUAUUUUGAACAAAAACGAUAAUUUGUGAAAAAAACAAACGAUAUGCAAUCGCAUAAGUGAUAACGUAAAAAAAUCAAAAUAAGUGAAAAAAGUUAAGGAAAAAAAAUCUAGCAAAAUUACCUAGACAACCCUAAGAACAAAACACCCUCGCACAGCUAAAUUUAUUUGGAAUUUUCAACAACGCAAAAAAAAAACAAUCCACCACUUUUUCUGCAAUAAUCGUUUCGGACUCGCUGUGUUUGAGGUUAUCAAAAUUUUAAAAUUGCUCAACCCUCGUCCCUUACUUGAAAUCAAAAGUUGUGAUCAAGUGCAUUAAACAAAGCAAUCAUCGUGAUUAUGAACAUCCGCUUCGAAAACGCUGAAAUCAACUAAAUCUUCAAAUUUGUUGCCGAUUUUCAACUGAUCAAAACAAGAAACGUCAAAAUGGGCAGCAGCGAAGCGCAGACGUACUGCCUGCGAUGGAACAACCACAAGUCCAACCUGGUCGAGAUCCUCGACGCGCUCAUCAAGAUGGAGUGCUACGUGGACUGCACGAUCGUGGUGGACGAGCAGAAGCAGUUCAAGGCGCACCGCGUGGUGCUCGCCGCGAACUCGCCCUACUUCCAGUCGAUCCUGCAGGAUGUCCCGAUGGACCACUGUAGCAUCCUGUUCCCAGGCGUGGCGGCCUUCGAGAUGCAGGCCCUGCUCGAGUACAUGUACACCGGUGAGGUUAACGUAACGCAAGCGCAGAUCCCGCGCAUCAUGAAGAUCGCCGAGCAGCUGGAGGUCAAGGGCCUGUUUGACAUGGCCGACCUGAAGGGUCGCUUCGAGAAGAUGGUGGUCGAACGCGAGACGGAGUUUGCCAGCAACAACAACUACGCCAGCAAGUCGUCGCAACCGCCGGUCAGUGAACAGUCCCAGCAGCAGUCGUCACCCCCGGUGAUCUCGACCUCCACGAACGUCUCGAUCGCACAAAGUAGCAGCUCAUCCCCGCCGUACACGUACAAAUCCCCCUACACAAGCCUGUACUCACGCACCAGCCCCACGGCAAUCGAGCGGGAGCGGGAACGUGAGCGGGAAAGAGAUCGUGAACGCGAUCAUGAAGAACGUGAACGCCGCGAUCACUCCUCUUCGUCGACCUACUCGCAGCCGCCACCCCACCAGUCCUACCCCCACGACAACGAACCCCGCCCAGAUGACCUCCCGCAAACCUCCUCGGCCGCAUCAUCAUCCUCCCAGCAGCCCCCGCAGAACCUCCGAUGGCCACUACCCGGUCAGAUCCCGGUGACCCUGCACCAACCCCAUCAACCCCUGCACAGCAUGCUCAGCUCCGUGUACGACUCCAGCUCGGACAUGAACCCCCUGAAGCGCAAGAAGCUCCAAUCCAUGACGACCAUGCUGCGCGACACCCCCAUCCUGAGGAACGUCCUCGCCCAACCGAACGCCGCCGACUCCUCGCAAAGCUCGCCGUCCCCGCUCUCGCUCCAGCCGAUGCCCGGCAUGAAGCCGGAAGCGGGACCUGCCACCGCCGGCGGUCAUCAUCACCCGGCCGAUCUCACCAGCAGUCACCACUCCAACGGUGGAGGUUACAAGCACCACAAGGAGCCCCUCUCGCCGUACGGUGACAAGUCGUACGACGACGAUGCCCUGCUCGACUCGCGCCUCAACUACAGCGCGGACGAUGCCCGCCUUGCAUCGUACGUCCCACACCAGCAGCAGAAGCCCGAGUGGAAGCGCUACAAGCAGUACACCCGCCAGGACAUCAUCAACGCGAUCGAGUGCGUGCGCAAGGGCAUGAGUGCGCUGCAGGCUUCGCGCAAGUUUGGCGUCCCCUCGCGCACCCUGUACGACAAGGUGAAAAAGCUGGGCAUCACCACCGGCCGUCCGAUGAACCGAGCGAUCAAGCGUAGCCCCAGUUCCGGCGGUAGCCCGGCGCCCUUCCCGUAUGGUUUGAGCGGAGCGUCGCACAUGUUCGGCGGCGAGCAGCCCAUGCCAUCGCAGUCCCAGAUGCAGCAGCACCGUGACGAAGAGGACAAGAACCGCAUGAUGAAGAUGGACCACUCGGGGCACCAUCUGCCUCCGACGAUCCCCCAUCCGGCGGCGGCCCUGCUCGAUCCGUCCUUCCUCCAGCAGGCUCUGGAGGCCCGCGGUGGAGACAUCGCCGGACGUGAAGCCCUGCACGCCAUGGCUUUUGCCGCCGCAGCCCAUGCAGCGGUCAACGGUAUCAACACCUCGCCGGGAACCCACGGCACCGCUCGCUCCCCAAGCCCGAACGUACUCAUGAAGUACAUGCGAUCGGCAAUGGGAUCCCCGGAGGAUCGCGAUCACCACCCGCGGGACUCGAGCGAAGGUGACCGACACCACCACAGCAACGGCUCCGAGGUGUACGAUCGCUCCGGAACCGAGCGGGACUCGAUGGAUCACGAAGAUCCGCGGGACGUGAGCGGCGGCGGAGACGAUCUCGUCGAGGAUCUCUCCAUGGCCCGACGCGGAGGUGCUGGCCCAGAUUCGGACCGUGGAUCGGUCCCGCAGCCCAUGCCCUCGAGCCACCAACACCACCCCUCCGUUCUGUCCAUGCCCCCGCAGCAAGGUUCCGUGAUCGUGCCGGCCCCGCCCAAGAUCAAGGACGACUACAACCCGCUCAACAUCAAGCGCGAAAUCAUCGCCGACAGCAACGCCGCUCCCAUGGAGUCGUCGUAAGCCGUCGCCGUAAGUUCCUCGGUCCUCUGAAACCUCUUUCGUACUAUUGUGUUUCCUUACACCACCACUACAAAACAACAUCUCGAAGCUCCCUCUUUGUUCAAUGUUUACUGUGAAACGGGUAAUGUUAGGUUCUUAAAGUUACUUAUUUUGUUCCGUUUUAUUUAAAGUUGUUUACAAACAAGCAAACAAAAGACAUUUGUAAAGCUCAAAAACAUAUACACACACACACACACUAGUAGUAGAAAUUAAGUUACCAUACACACUCACACUAAAAAGCCGCGCAACAUGAGUUACCUUGAAACGACCUGAAAGCAAUCCCACCAAUUAUUGUUUAACUCUAUUUUUUUUAAAGACGCUAGAUUGCUUUUAUGCAUCCGGUAAAUAGUGUUAUCUAGUAGGCGAAUCGGUAACGGAAUCUCUCGCACACAACCAUCUUUCAGAGCGUUUUGACAGGUGGGUUGAAAAUUCGCGCAACCUGUGAAAACGUGACAAGCUCAAAUUUGAAAGCAAAACAAAGCAAGUCAAUCAACAAUCACAAAACAAUAAACUGAAAACAAAACAAUCACACAAACUUUACAAAACAGCUACAUACGAAUCAGUUGAACAAAACCGAGGUGCAAUAUUUUAAUGUAAUAUUUUUUUUAUUUUGUAAAUUAUUUUCGUUCUUUUUUGUUCUGCAUGGUUGCAUGUCUUUUUUAUUUUCUUUUUUUCUCGUUUUUUUUCAAAUCUGUACUAUAAAAACAACCACACGGAGAGAAGAAAUCAUAUCAAAUUCCGUACUAGAAAAAAUG